AUGGAGAUUCCGAUACACGACACCCGCGCUCCUGCGGACCCGGCCUCGUUUCCCGACCUAAUGAACGACCCAGCUUUUGACGAGAGGGAACGAGGGCUGGAAGACAUUGAUACCUGUCGGAUAUGCCAUGGGGAGGCAACCGAUGAUGAGCCUCUGUUCUAUCCUUGCAAGUGCAGUGGCAGCAUCAAGUUUGUUCACCAGAGCUGCUUGGUGGAAUGGCUCGCCCAUUCACAAAAGAAACACUGCGAGCUCUGCAAAACCCCGUUCCGCUUUACCAAGCUAUAUGACCCGAAUAUGCCCCAGAACCUUCCGACUCCAUUGUUUCUGAAACAAGCCUUGCUUCAAUCGCUUGGAACCUUGGUCACAUGGCUGCGAUUUGUUCUCGUCGCAUUCGUAUGGCUGGGUUGGCUGCCGUGGUCGAUGCGUGCAAUAUGGAGGGCGUUAUUCUGGCUUGCGGAUGGCCGUUGGUCAGCUGGGGGAACCGUUCAGCAGCGAACUUUACAAUCGACUCAAAAUGAUGCGGCCCAGUGGGCAGCUAAUACCACAUCCGUCAUCAGCUCAGCGACCGCCGCCAUCUCGAGCGCUGUUCAGUCCUCCUCUGGCCCGGCACCCUCAAUACACGCGCCGGGCACCGGCCUUCCCGCCGGUGACCCUCUCAUGCUCACGCUCUUCAAGAAAAUUAUACCAAGCCUUUUCAUUCCUGCAUUAACAUCGACUGUCAACCAGAACACCACCAGUCCCAAUGGCUCCAUGGUUGCGGCGAAGCAGAGAUAUCCAUCCUGGCUUUCGGACGUCAAGUUUCUCAAUAAAUUGACACCGUAUCCCACGAUCAACAACAUGAUCAUCGACACAUUGGAAGGCCAGCUGAUCACUCUUCUUGUGGUAGUUGCGUUCAUUCUUCUCUUCUUGAUUCGAGAAUGGGUUGUUCAACAGCAGCCCAUGGCCAAUAUUGCUGAGGGAGAGCGUGAAGCAGCCUUGCAAUUAAUCGCGAAUAACCCUCCAAACGAAGAACUUCAAGCCCCUCGCCCUGGAAAUUUUCCACCUCGCCCGCAUGCCGAAGUAGAACCGGAACAAAAUGAUCUUCCUGAGCCAGUGGACGAUGAACGCCCUUUUCGGUCUGCCAACCACUCGCCUGCGCCUUCCUGGACUGAUUCGGAUGAUGGUCUUCCAAUCUUUGAGCGGCAGGCUGGAUUCCAUGACAAUGGCCUCCGUAGAGACCUCUUUGGAGAAAAUUCCGAGGUAGAGCCCCAAGAAGCAUCCGAGCGCUCUGAAGUCGCUAUUUUCCAGGAUAUUCUGGCUCGGGGUAAUGGCGACCGAGAUGAAAUAUUGAGACUGAUUCGAGAGGAAGGCCAUGAGGACCGGCUGGGCUGGAUCGUCAACGCACUGACUCGUGUUCCUCCGCAUGUUGCCCAACCUUCUAACCGUGAAGAUGACCUCAAUAUUACAGAGCCCUCUGAAGUCCACCAGGCUUUCGAGGCAGUGGCUGAUCAUCUCGACCCCCAUAUUCCUGUGAAUGGCUCGCCGUUCGCCGCUGCCGACCUCAAUCACGGACCACCUACCAGAGAAGAGGCAGAACCUACCAACACGCAGGCUGAUGAACCCCAGCCUGCUAAGGGUGCCGCUCGGCGACUUGUUGAUUGGUUCUGGGGAGACGUCACACCAGAUCAGCUAGACAUCCCGGAACAAGUACCUGAAGAUGACGAACAUAUUGUUCAAGAUCCUGCACUUGAAGAACCUUUCGUCCCCAUGGCAAACAGGGCAGGCGAGCCGCCUGUGGAUGAGGGUAUGGCAGGACUUGGCGGCGAUGGCGUAUUGGACGCUAACGAAAUGGAUGCAAUUGAAGGGGAUGAUUUCGAAGGGAUUAUGGAUCUCAUCGGGAUGCAGGGUCCUAUCUUUGGGCUCCUUCAAAACGGUGUCUUCUGUGCACUUUUGAUCGCUUUCACUGUGGCCAUUGGCAUCUGGCUUCCCUACUUAUGGGGCAAGAUUGCCCUCGUUCUCCUUGCUAAUCCUUUGGAACUGAUCGUGGGCGUUCCAAUGACCGCCGUCACGGUCGUUGCGGACAUCGCUCUUGAUACACUCAUUGGUGUUCUAGGCUACGUGAUGUAUUGGCUAAGUUUCAUGUUCAAGCUCGUGCUUGGUCCCUUAGGCGCUUUUCUUCCUGCUGGGGAAUGGAUCACACGAGGCAAAUCUGUGACCACCGCUUCACUUUCGUUAAUCGACUCCAGCACCGAUCGAUUGAACAAGGUUGUCAAGGCAUUUCUUGUAUUCCAUGAAUCAGAUAUACCUAUGUUCUCUGUGCUUUCUCACCAGGCUCUGAAGCUCCACCAAGCUCGUCUCGCCGCCGUCCUCCAAUCGACUCUUGCCGUUGUCAAGUUCAUUGUGCAUGACUUCCCGUUACGCCUAGCUACUCUGGGGAUACCAGGCGCCCUUUCAUUCAAUAUUGACCUCUCUCAGAUAACAAGGACCGUUGCUCAAACUCAACAACAGCUCAGCAACUUCACUUCGUCAAUUCUGUCUGGCUCCGGGACGAAGCUAAUGAUGAACACCAGUGUUGCUAGGACGGCGUCGGCUCAGUCACCUAUAGACUACGAACUGGCUGUUUGGAAUACUAAGGACCGGGUCAUCGCCAUCGCCAUGGGUUACUUACUAGCGACAUUCAUGGGUUUCCUCUACCUUCGUGUUACCGGGUUGUUGUCAGGACCCAGCCGUGGCCAGCGCGCAGAGGGAAUCGUUGCUGAGGUUCUUCUUCAGGCCGGUGGAGUAAUGAAGGUCAUUCUCAUUAUAGGGAUUGAGAUGAUUGUCUUCCCACUUUACUGUGGCACUCUGCUGGAUGUGGCUUUGCUUCCCUUGUUUUCUAACGCCACUAUAUCAUCGCGUAUCGCAUUCACAGCUGCGUCGCCUCUUACUUCACUCUUCGUGCACUGGUUCAUUGGCACCUGCUAUAUGUUCCACUUUGCCCUCUUCGUUUCAAUGUGUCGCAAGAUCUUGCGAAACGGAGUUUUAUAUUUCAUUCGCGACCCUGAUGACCCGACAUUUCAUCCUAUUCGUGAUGUUCUUGAACGAAGCAUCACGACCCAGCUCCGUAAGAUCGGCUUCAGCGCCUUGGUCUACGGUGCCCUGGUCAUUGUCUGCCUAGGUGGCGUUGUUUGGGGCCUAUUUUAUGCAUUUGACGGCGUUCUUCCAAUCCAUUGGUCUGCCAGCGCCCCCAUGCUAGAAUUCCCGGUGGAUCUCCUAUUUUACAACUUCGUCAUGCCAUUGGCCAUUCAAUCUCUCAAGCCCUCAGAGGGGCUACACGAACUGUACGAUUGGUGGUUUCACAAGUGCGCCCAUUUCCUGCGCCUCAGCAACUUUUUCUUCCCCGAAAGACAUCCUGAAGAGGAGGGAUCUCAUGUUUACCGCACGUGGUGGGGUCUCCUCACAGGAAGCAAGGGUGAUUGGGAAAAUCCUGUCAUUGGGGAUGAUCAACAGGCUGCCGCAGAAAAAGAAAAGCGCGACGUGUAUUUCCUACGAAACGGGCGAUAUGUCCGGGCGCCCGCUUCGGACCAGGUUCGGAUUCCGAAAGGAACACAGGUGUUUUUAGACGUGACCGAGGAUAACGAACGCGUUGAUGGCCACCCCGAUCCCGAUGAUGGGCUGCAUGGUCGUUCCAGUACCUCGUUUACUAAAGUCUACAUUCCACCUUUCUUCCGGACUCGCAUCGCUGCGUUUAUCCUCUGUAUCUGGCUAUUUGCGGCCGUCACUGGAGUAGGCAUCACCGUUGUGCCUCUGGUCAUUGGUCGCACUGUGAUCUCAUUCUGCUUCGCCAAUCCAGUUCCAGUCAACGACAUCUAUGCUCUCUCCAUAGGCCUCUCCGUCAUUGGUGGGCUUUCCUAUAUGACCUUCUACUGCCGACAGGUCAUUCAAGCGGUGCGUGAGAACCCGACUGCAUACCUGCAAUCCCCGGGCCAGCUCGGCCAAGCGUGUAUUCAGUUGUUUUCGGGGGCGGCGCGACUGCUAUACAUCGCCAUAGCCCUGGUCAUUGUCCUCCCGUCUCUCUUCGCUCUUCUGGUCGAGCUGUACAUCCUGAUCCCAACAUAUACCUUUAUCGGAAAUGGCGAAUCCCACGUUAUGCAUCUGGUCCAGGACUGGACGCUGGGGGUAUUGUACGUACAAAUGGCGAUCAAGUUGACUUUGUGGCACCCCCACUCGUGGGCUGCCGCGGUUCUCAACGGGAUUUUCCGUGACGGCUGGUUGAAACCGAACGUGAACCUGGCGACGCGAGCCUUGAUCCUGCCGCUAUUACUCUUCGCUACUACGGCGGUCGCCGUGCCCCUCACCUUGGGGUGCAUUCUGCGUUGGACCCUUUUCUAUUCCCAUACCGAGCCCCACUUUGUCUAUCGUUAUGUCUACCCCCUUACCCUCAUGUUCGUUCUAGCCGUAUGGGCCACCCACCUCGCUCUCCGACGUGUGGCUAUCUGGCGCAUCAACAUCCGAGACGAUGUGUAUUUGAUCGGGGAACGUUUGCACAACUUUGGCGAGAAGCGGGCGCGGGACGUUGGUGUUUCGCGACGGGUGAUCACGGAGUGA